UGUGCGGAGGAGAGCCCGCCCCUUCCCUUCAUGCUGAGGAGAUGACCAAUGGGAAGAGUUGGAGGACCGGAAGGACCCUGGUCCUCCGGCCAAUCAGAGCGCGGGCUUUGUGUGAAUCACGAUUGAGCUUCACACAGACUAAAACUUCCUCCUGUGUCCAACAUCUGAUCUUAGAAGAGGAGGUUUUGCAGACAAAAAUCUCAAACUAAAGGCCAUGAUCUGACAGAGUCACUCAGUUCAUUGGGACCUGAAUAUGAUCAGCCUUUGAAUCUAGAAGGGGAAAUGAUUGCCUGUUCUGUUUGCUGCAAAAGGUUUUAAACAUCAGUGUGACUGGAAAAGAACUGAGACACACACUUCCGAGUAAGAGUGUUCUAGUUCACUGACUGUGGAAAGAGUUUUAACAAGUUACACAGCCUGAGAAAACAUCACACCAUUCACAGUGGAGAGAGACUGUGCACGUGACGUUUGAGCUUCAAUAGUCACAAGGACAACCACUCCAUGGAGAAACCGUGGAAAUGUGGGGACUGUGGAAAGGGAUUCCAUUGCCCAUCUAAGCUGGAAAUUCAUCGACGUAGUCACACCGGGGAGAGGCCAUUCACCUGCUUUGUGUGCAGGAAGGGAUUUACUAAGUCAUCCAACCUGCAGCUGCACCAGCGAGUUCACACUGGGCAGAAGCCGUUCACCUGCUCUGAGUGUAGGAAGGGAUUCACUCAGUCAUGCCACCUGCAGACGCACCAUCGAGUUCACACUGGGGAGAGGCCGUUCACCUGCUCUGAGUGUGGGAAGGGAUUCUCUCAGUCAUGCCACCUGCAGACGCACCAUCGAGUUCACACCGGAGAGAGGCCAUUCACUUGCUCUGACUGUGGGAAGGGAUUCACUCAGUCAUCCCUGCUGCAGAUACACCAGCGAGUUCACAAUGGAGAGAGGCCAUUCUGCUGCUCCGUAUGUGGAAAGAGAUUCACUGAUUCAUCCAACCUGCAGAGGCACCAGCGAGUUCACACUGGGGAGAAGCCGUUCACUUGCUCUGAGUGUGGGAAGGGAUUUACUCAGUCAGUGCACUUGCAGUCACACCAACGGGUUCACACUGGGGAGAGGCCAUUCACCUGCUUCAUGUGUGGGAAGGGAUUCACUUGUUCAUCGGAGAUGCUGAGACACCAUGGCAGUCAUACCAAGGGACUGAGUUUAAAUAUCCAAGUAUGCGGACAAGGCUUCAACCGAUUGUCAAACCUGGAGAGACACAAGGACACGCGCACCAUGGAGAAACCAUGGAAAUGUGGGGACUGUGGGAAGGGAUUUAAAGCCCCCUCUGAGCUGGAAACCCACCGACGCAUUCACACCGGGGAGAGGCCAUUCACCUGCUCUGAGUGUGGGAAGGGAUUCGCUCAGUUAUCCCACCUGCAGUCACACCAGCGAGUUCACACCGGAGAGAGACCGUUCACCUGCUCUGAAUGCGGGAAGGGAUUCGCUCAGUUACAUCACCUGCAAACACACCAGCGACUUCACACUGGGGAGAGGCCGUUCACCUGUUCCGAAUGUGGGAAGGGAUUCACUCAGUUAUCCAACUUGCAAUCACACCAGCGAAUUCACACUGGGGAGAGGCCAUUCACCUGUUCUCAGUGUGGGAAGGGAUUCAUUGAUUCAUCCAAUCUGUACAGGCACCAGCGAGUUCACACAGGGGAGAGGCCGUUCAGCUGCUCUGAGUGUGGGAAGGGAUUCAGUCGGUUAUCCCAUCUGCAGGCACACCAGCGAAUUCACACUGGGGAGAGACCAUUCACCUGUUCUCAGUGUGGGAAGGGAUUCAUUGAUUCAUCCAAUAUGUACAUGCACCAGCGAUUUCACACUGGGGAGAGACAAUUUUCCUGCUCCGAGUGUGGGAAGGGAUUCAGGAAUUCAUCGGCCCUGCUGAUACACCAGCGAGUUCACACUGGGGAGAGGCCGUUCACCUGCUUCAAGUGUGGGAAGGGAUUCAGUCGGUUAUGUAGACUGCAGUCACACCAACAAGUUCACACCGGGGAGAGGCCGUUCACCUGCUCCAAGUGUGGGAAGGGAUUCACUCGGUUAUCUAAAUUGCAGGUGCACCAGCAGGUUCACACUGGGGAGCGGCCAUUCACCUGCUCAGGGUGUGGGAAGGGAUUCACUCAAUUAUCCCACCUGCUGAGACACCAGCAAGUUCACAAGUGAUUCCAGGGGUUAGGUUCUGCUGUUAUUGCUGCUGUUAAUCACAUCCAGGACUUGGGACCGUGUUCAUUCUGACAGUUGGUGAAGUGGGAGGGUCGGAGGAUUUCUUUCUGCUGGACUGACCAGUCCCACGAUUUUGUCCCCAGUGGCUGAUGCUCUUUGAGACUUGUUGCGAAUAUUUAGUUUCAUAUUUCACAGGGAUCACAGGAUGAAAGGAUGUUUGGAAUGUAAAAGAUAUUUAGUUUGCAUUUCUAUUUGGAACCACCCAAAGCAUGCCAUGUUGCCAGGGAGAUGGGCUGUGCUGGUCUGAUGGUUCUUUUGUGUAAAUUUUCUGGGUGUUUCUCACAGAAGAAAACUAUCACAGUUUGAGGGUCAAUUUGGCUGUGGUAGAUUGGGAAACUACAUGAAAAGCUAUGAUGGUAGACAGACAAUAGCUAACAUUGAAGGAAUUAUUACAUAUUUACAACAAAUAUAGAUUCCUUUAAGGAACAAAAACCCAACAGGAAAACCCAACUGUGGCCUAGAAGAGAAGUUGAAGAUUGCAUUAGAUCAAAGGAAGAUGCUCAUAAAGUGACCAAAAAAAGUAGUAAGCCUGAGGAUUGGAACAUUUUUUGAAUUGAGCUUUUUUUGAAUGCAGCAAAGGUGGACCAAGAAGCUGAGUUCCAAAAACUCACUACCUUCAGAGAAAAAUGUUCUUCUCUGUCUUAAAUGGACAACCCAUUACUUUUAAACCGUGACCCCAAUUUCCAGAUUCUCCCUCAAGAGGAAACAUCCUCUCCACAUCCACCCUGUUGAGGCCCCUCAGGAUCUUAAAUGUUUCAAUCAAGUCGCCUCUUAAUCUUCUAAACUCCAGCAGAUACAAGCCCAGCCUGUCCC